GUAUCUUAGCUAUCCGCUUCCAGGUGGGGCUAAAGAUCCCCCUCCAAACCCUCAUCCCUGGCACCAAAGUGACCAGGAGGCAGAGAAGAACAUCAGGGGAGUCGUCGGCUUGGGUUGCUGGCGGGUGAGCUGUGAGGUACUGGGCGGCAGACCCUUGGCGAUGGCCUCUCUCCCGACAGCGGAAAGCUGGACUGACGGUGGUGGGGGCUUGAGUGCGGACGCCUGGAACCUGAGUGCAGCGCUCGCGAGCAGGGAGGCCACCCGGGAGAUCGAUGCUGAAUGGCUGCAACUGCUUGUCCAAACCCACAACCUCUCCUCCUCUUCCUCCUCCGCGCUGGGACUGCCUGUGGCGUCCCCCGCGCCCUCCCAGCCCCAGACCAACCUCACCAACCAGUUUGUGCAGCCGUCCUGGCGCAUCGCGCUCUGGUCCCUGGCGUAUGGUGUGGUGGUGGCUGUGGCAGUUUUCGGAAAUCUCAUCGUCAUUUGGAUCAUCUUGGCUCACAAGCGCAUGAGGACCGUCACAAACUACUUCCUUGUGAACCUGGCUUUCUCCGACGUCUCCACGGCUGCCUUCAACACGUUGUUCAACUUCAUCUAUGCGCUUCAUAGUGAGUGGUACUUCGGCGCCAACUACUGCCGCUUCCAGAACUUCUUUCCUAUCACCGCUGAGUUUGCUAGCAUCUACUCGAUGACUGCCAUUGCGGUGGACAGGUAUAUGGCUAUUAUCGAUCCCUUGAAACCAAGAUUGUCUGCUACAGCAACCAAGAUUGCCAUUGGAAGUAUUUGGAUUCUAGCUUUUCUACUUGCCUUCCCUCAGUGUCUUUACUCCAAAAUCAUAGUUAUGCCGGGUCGUACUCUUUGCCAUGUGCAAUGGCCAGAAGGUCCUAAACAAGUUUUCACUUACCAUAUUAUUGUCUUUAUACUGGUCUACUGUUUCCCAUUGCUCAUUAUGGGUAUCACAUACACCAUUGUUGGAAUCACUCUCUGGGGAGGAGAAAUCCCAGGAGACACUUGUGACAAGUAUCAUGAGCAGUUAAAGGCCAAAAGAAAG